GACUGCUUGCUCGCUGCGAUAACACCGGGAAAGCACGCAUCUGGGAGCACGCGUUAGAAGAAAAGAGCGCGGCACGCGCCGCCCUCGAGCGAGAAUGGACAAGUACCUGGAUUCGGGGCCGUCGUCAUCUACCGUGGGCCAGGACAGGGUACCUAUCAGGCGGUCCGCCGCGAGCACCAAGAGCCGCCUGAACACCCUGCUAACGAAACCGAAGGCCAAGCCCGCGGAAGGUUUCGACGUGUCCGUGAUCGGCGACCUAUCGGUCGGAGAAGGGGCUGCUGCUGCUGCUGCUGCUGCACCGGCCGCGAAAAGAGCGAGACGCUCUUCCCGCGGUAGCGGGGAUGGAGGAGCAGGCGCUGCUGCUGUUGGCUCUCGAGCGGAGUGCUUGGACGUGACCGCGUCGCCGCAGAGGGGCGCGGCCCGCUCCGCAGCAUCCGGAAGCUCCAACGGCGGGUCGUCGUCAGGAGGCAUUUGUGAUGACUUCGGCGCUCGUUUCAGCGGAAGGAAGAAUAACAACAGAGGCAGUAAUAGAGGUGGGUCGAGCACUGUGGGGGGCAGGGCGAACAGCUACAGCAGCCGGUGGCCCACGACGUCUACUGGCGGCAGUGGCAGUAGCGGCGGUGGUGCGCGUAGCAGUAGUCGCAGCAAGAUGGGUCCAUGGGCGCGAAGGCCGGGGGAGGUAGCUCUGUGCGCCGAGGAGGGCUACGACCCGUUGGAGCUCAUGGACGACGCGAACCGAGAGAUUUUCGGGAACAACGGCUUUCGAGGGGUCCAGGAACGAGUGAUUCGGGCGACUCUCUGCGGUCGCGACUGCUUUGUCCUCAUGCCCACAGGGGGUGGGAAGUCUCUCUGUUACCAGCUGCCGGCAUGCCUCAGCAAGGGCGUCACGUUUGUCAUGUCCCCGCUGCUCUCUCUCAUCGAGGACCAGGUCACCCAGCUGCUCAAGGCUCCGUGCGGAGGCAUCCCGGCCGCCCACUUGACGAGCGCCACCCCUACAACUGCGAUCAAGCAGAUCUAUAAGGAUCUCGGCAGGGCGGACAGGGACCGUGAGCCGAGCGUCAAACUGCUGUACGUGACUCCGGAGCGGCUGGGCAACUCGAACUCCAUGCUUGACUUCAUGCACCGCCUGAACGACAAGGGUAUGCUAGCUCGCUUCGUGAUCGACGAGGCUCAUUGCGUGUCCUCUUGGGGGCAUGACUUCAGGCCCGACUACUCCAAGCUUGGCUACUUCAAGAAAACCUUCCCGAACGUGCCCAUCAUCGCUCUCACCGCCACCGCGACCAAGACGGUGAUGGAGGACGUCAUCAAGAGCUUGCGGCUGGUCAACCCGACCAAGUUCAUUCAGAGUUUCAACCGCACCAACCUUGUGUUCCGUGUGGAGGAGAAGCCCGACAAGAUCAACGACGCGAUGGAAUACGUCGCCGACUUCAUCAAGAAGCAGAACAGCAUGAACGGCGGACGGGAAGUGUGCGGGAUUGUCUACUGCAUGACCCAAAAGGAAACUUCGGCGUUGAGCGACUUUCUCCGGAAGAAGAAGAUCUCCGCGGACUACUACCACGCGGGUCAAGGGGCUGCUGAGAGGAAGAGCGUGCAGGGAGCGUGGCAACGGGGAGAAGUCAGCGUCGUCUGCGCCACGAUCGCCUACGGAAUGGGCAUCGACAAGCCGGACGUCAGAUACGUGGUACACAUGUCGAUCGCCAAGAGCGUCGAGGGCUACUACCAAGAGGCGGGAAGGGCUGGGAGGGAUGGGCAAAGGGCGGAAUGCCUCAUGCUAUUCCGCGGGCCGGACGUGAGCAAGAUGAAGAACCUGGUGAUGGGCUUCGGUAAGCGACGGGCGAGAAGAACGAGCGCCGCCACGACUCGGCAGCUGGACAUGCUCGAGAGGAUGAAGGACUACUGCCUGGAGGAAGGCGUCUGCCGGAGAAAAUUCUUGGCGAGGUACUUCGGCGAGGAGUACAAGGCAUCCAUGUGCAACGGGAUGUGCGACCACUGCGCUAAGCGGGCGCCUUCGGCGUACCGCCGUACAUCAGACUGAGCGUGAUCCCGACUGUUGCGGGUGCCCCCCCCCUUACCUUGGUUGCGUUAUCCUUGUUGAUGCAACGCGCGUGCGACCUUUGUUGUGUCCACCUGGUACCACCAAAUUCGUUUUGCGUCACUCGGGUUUUGUGGUCGUUUUGUUUGAAUGGGGCAGUGUUACCGGGUAGAUGUAUAAAGUCAACUACGCGAAAAUGCCAAUGAGGAAGGGUAGGGACAACAACUACUGUAGUGCGCCAUGUUGGAGAUUUUGUCGAUCGUCAACAUUGGUUUGUGGAAGGUUAGCCACUCAGUUCCCUUAUCCCUGGUAAGGACGGGCGUUUUUGCCCUUGAGUUGGUCAAAGAUCGUCUGUGUGUUGUUGUCCAGGUCAUACGUUGGCUACGGUAUCACGAGAGGAGUAGGUCGCUUUAGGGGGAAAUGAGGUUGUCUAGCGGAAGUGAUUCGUGAGACGGCUGACUGGAGCAACACGCCUAGGCUGGAAAUUCGUCUGGGAAACUGGGACUGAGAGAGAGAGAGGCGCAGCCAACCUUCGCGAUCGCUCUUGGCAGAGUCUCGGGCGUUGGCAAGUGCUGUCACAUGUCUCAAGCGGAGAAUGUCGAGAACACCAGAACAGAUAACAUGAACUCUGUGAGCAGUCUACACGAAACAAGGGUUAACAUGCGGUGGGGGAACCUUGGCGCAAUCACCAUUAAUGUCUGCAAUGUAAACGCGACGAGCUAAGAGCGAGAUACGGCAACGACCGGGUUAAUCAGGUAGUUAUCUUGGUUUUCGUCAAGUACAAGUUCGUUUUCCGAGCGAGGAAUGCAAUGCCGUCUGUCGCUCCUUGGCGGCAGCAAGCGCGCUGCCAGUCUCCCUUCUCCUUGCGGAGUAUUUCACACAAGUGGUGUCAAGGAGGGAACUCUACUCUCGGCACUCGAUCCCCCGCCAACAAGCAAUGGCCAACACUAACUGCACGCAACUUCCUUCAAAUUUGUACAGUGGUCGACCAUGCGGACUUCUUCGACCUUGAUAUGUGCAGCGAAAAAACAGAAAUAACCCAAAAGCCGACAACGCCCCAAGCGACACCGGAAGGACGCAGGGACCUUCCACCUACGUCAGCAUAUCAGUAUAUCACUAUGCACCAAGACACGUCCACCUUCGACUACCAAGCGGGGCUUUGGAUCCGAACAACAGCAUUGGGUGGUGCCCUUCGGGGUGAAACUAACGCACCACUCUACCCCAGUUCUAGAGCAGCCCGACAUGUUCGUUGUCAAGUGGCGGGCACCUUGUCCCCCAGCUGAAGCUUUCGGGCAUGUACACAUACAUUGUAACCGGUCGCCCCGGUGGUCUAGU